GGGUGUCCAGUGCUAUUGGUCUGACUGAUCCUACUUUACACAUACUGGGGUGUUUUAGGACUCACUGGCCUUUAAGGAUGUGGCUGUGAACUUCACUCUGGAGGAGUGGGCUUUAUUGGAUUCUUCACAAAAGAAACUCUACAGAGAUGUGAUGAGGGAAACCUUCAGGAACCUGGCCUCCAUAGGAAAGAAAUGGGAAGCUUAUGACAUUGAAGAUCAGUACAAAAACCAAAGGGGAAAACGAAGAAAUCCAAUAUUAGAGAGAGUCUGUGAAGGGGAGAAGAAUAGUCAAUGUGGGGAAAACUUCAGCCUUACUCCAAAUCUCAGUCCAAAGAAAAAAUCUCUUCCUAUAGUAAAACCAUGGGAAUACAGUGUGUGUGGAAAAGUCUUCAUGCUGCAGUCAUCCCAUAAUAUGCACAUCAGAAGUCACACUGGAAACAAGCCAUCUGAGUGUCAAAAUUAUGGAGAAAAGCUGUAUAAUUAUGAUGUAUGUGGGAGAACCUUCAGUUAUCGUCAGUGUUUUGACAAACAUGAAAGGAAUCACAAUGGAGAAAAAGCCUAUAAAUGUAAGGAAUGCGGGAAGACCUUUAGUUCUUCAACUUCACUUCAAAUACAUGAAAGAUCCCACACUGGAGAAAAACCUUAUAAAUGUAAACAAUGUGUUAAAGCAUUCAGUUGUCUCAGUUCUCUUCGACGUCAUGAAAGAGUUCACACUGGAGAGAAACCCUAUGAAUGUAAGGAGUGUGGAAAAACCUUCAGGUAUUAUCAAAAUUAUCGAAGACAUGAAAAUAAAUUUACUGGUGAGAAGCCCUAUGAAUGUAAGGAAUGCGGGAAAACUUUCAGAUGUUAUCAAAGUUUUCGAAGACAUGAAAGAAAUCACAGAGAAGUGAAACCAUAUGCAUGCAAGCAAUGUGGUAAAACAUUUAGUUGUCUCCGUUAUCUUCGUAAACAUGAAAGAAACCACACCAGAAAGAAACCCCAUGAAUGUAAAAUAUGUCGUAAGACAUUUAGGUAUCCCAGUGAUCUUCAAAAACAUGAAAGAAAUCACACUGGAGAGAAACCUUUUGAAUGUAUGGAGUGUGGUAAAGCCUUCAGAGAUCCCAGUUCCUUGCAAACACACCAAAGAACUCAUAUUGGAGAGAAACCCUAUGAAUGCAAGGAAUGUGGCAAAGCCUUCAGUUCUCAUCAAUGUGUCCAAAUACAUGAAAGAAAUCACACUGGAGAGAAACCCUAUGAAUGUAAAAUAUGUCGCAAAACAUUUGGUUAUCCCAGUUCUCUUCGAUAUCACAAAAGAACACAUACUGGAGAGAAAUCCUAUGAAUGUAAGGAAUGUGGGAAAGCCUAUAGAUAUCUCAGUUCCUUACGAAUACAUGAAAGAAUUCAUACUGGAGAGAAACCUUAUGAAUGUAAGGAAUGUGGGAAAUCCUACAGAUGUUAUCAAAGUUUCCAAACACAUGAAAGUAACCACACUGGAGAGAAACCAUAUGUAUGUAAAAAAUGUAGUAAAGCAUUUAGUUGUCUUCACUAUCUUCGAAAACAUGAAGUAAAUCACACUGGAAAGAAACCCUAUAAAUGUAAAAAAUGUAGUAAAGCAUUUAGGUAUCCCAGUGAUCUUCAGAAACAUGAAAGAAAUCACACUGGAGAGAAACCCUUUGAAUGUCAGGAGUGUGGGAAAGCCUUCAGAGAUCCCAGUUCCUUACAAACCCAUGAAAAAACUCACACUGGAGAGAAACCUUAUGAAUGUAAGGAAUGUGGGAAAGCCUUCAAAUGUUAUCAAAGUUUUCAAACACAUGAAAGAAAUCACACUGGAGAGAAACCGUAUGUAUGUAAAAUAUGUAGUAAAGCAUUUACUUGUCUCCGUUAUCUUCGAAAACAUGAAAGAAUUCACACUGGAGGGAACCCUAUAUAUGGAAGCAAUUUGGAAAAUUCUUCAUUUCUCACACAACCUUUCAAAAUCUGAAGAUGAACCUGAGAAAAAUUAUAUUAAUGUGCACAAUUUGCAAAAGGCUUCAGUUAGCUCAGUUUCUGUCAAAAGCAGGAAAGGACUCGCUGGAUAAAAACUCUUGAAUGUAAACAGUUUGGGAAAGAUUUGAAUUGGUCCACAUUCU